AUGCUGUCGCUGUUGCUGUUGCUGCUGCUGCUGCUGCUGCUGCUGCUGUCACGGUGGCUGGACUCAGCCGGCCGCUUAUCGAUACUGCACCCGCCUCCAGUCCAGGCUGACUCGCCGCCAUCCAGCAGACUCGCCCAAACGUAUGCACAGCAAUGCACGCCUGCACGUCUUCUCGGUGACUAUCCGAAACAAGCCCUUCACCCUCCUUCGCCCCGUCCGACCAUGGCUGAGCCCAAGCCGCGCCAGCGCAAGUUUGCGCCCCGGUCACGCACAGGCUGCUUGACCUGUCGAACCCGGCGCAAGCGCUGCGAUAACGCGCAGCCUCAGUGCGCCAACUGCGCACGACUCAACCUCAAGUGCGAAUGGCAGCCUCUACGCAAAAUCGUCUCCGACUCGCCCUCGCCCUCGCCCGCUCCUCUUGCCCGCUCGCAAAGCCCGCCACGCCUCGACGUCGCACUCCCGCUGCGCGCUUCGCUCGAUCCGUGGGAUGCCCUGCCCGGCGACCCAGGCGCAGAGCGCAUGCAUCUGCUGCAGUACUACGUAGAAGCCUUUGUGCCCAGUGUCCAGGUAGCCCCCAUCCCCACCAGCUUCUACACCAGUCUCUACAUGCCAUGGUCCUUCCACAUCCAGGGCAUGCUCGAUGCCAUUCUCGCAAUCUCCUCGGCCCAGCUGGCACGACGCACCCACGACGCAGACCGUGCUAACCAUCUUCGAGCCGUCUCGGCGCGCCAUGAGAAAAAGUGCUACGACUUCAUCCGAGAGCGCCUGUCUCCUGCUGGCGGCCUGCCCCACGACACGUACCAGGUCGCUGCCGUCAUCUUGCUCCUGGUUGGCCUCGAGGCGCUCAAUGGAGUAAAGACGACCAGAUGGAUCUCUCAGCUGAAGAGCGUCCAGCGCAUUCUGGCCUCGCUCUCGCCAGAGCAGACCAUCAUGGACUGUGUCGAGGUCGACUCUCUGCAGCGCCACUUCACAUACCACUUUGCCUCGGCCUCGCUCAUGGCACGUGUGUCCAACGCCGGAAAGGCCUCUUCACCCGACCACGGCCUGCUCUCCAUGACGGCCGCUCUGGUCCCUGGCACCAUCGAUCCUCUCAUGGGUAUCUCAUACCAGCUUUGCGAUCUCAUCUGCCGAAUCCAGUAUAUUACCACUGCCAAUCCCGCCUUCCCACUCGCAACAGAGGCAUCAUUCCAUGUCAUUGAACAAGGCAUACAGCAGUGGAAUUACGACAACCCAUUUGCCUUGGGUGUCGACACCCCCAUAGCCCUUGACCUAAUCGCUCUGGCAGAAGCUUAUCGUCUUGCCGCCCUCAUCCAACUUUAUCGCACUUCGCCCAGCCAUUCCACCCUCAUCCCGGCCUGCGCAUCGCGUACUAUGGAUUUCAUUGCUCGUAUACCACCAGGAAGUGCCGCCGAAUCCAGUCUACUCUACCCAAUCUUCCUUGCCGGUGCAGAAUUGGAAGACGAAACAGCCAUUGAGCAGUGUUUCAAAAGACUGGAAGGAAUCCAGAAACGCAAUCUCUACGAGAAUGUCGAGUGUGUGCAGAAAGUUCUCAAGGAAGUUUGGCGACCAAAAUUUCAAGGUGGACGGAGGAGAGACUGGGAAGACGUGGUAAGAGAGUGGAAUUGGUCAUUCACUCUGGGAUGACCUACUUGGCACUGCAUUGCUCUCACUGUUCUGAUGUCUUUGUCAAGAGUCGUUGCUGUAUGAGCGUUGCAGGUGCACCAUCAAUUACCUCGACGGCAAUACUAACACUUUUUGUCACGCAUGAGCCUUUCAAGCUAUACUAACACUCGGCUGCAUUUAACUCUCCCUAGGAAUACCCGUUUUAUGCUACUGCAUCAUAUCCUAUCAUCAUCACACUGUUAUAGUAUAUAUGAAUAGUCGUGCAUAAAGGAAUAUCCUUCUAUAGGCCUACAAAAGACUUUACCGCC